AUGUUCAGCUUUGUGGAUUCAAGGACUCUAGUGCUCCUGGCAGCCACGCAAGUCAUUUUAUUAGCAGUUGUCAAAUGUCAGGAUGAGGAUAUACAGGAGGCAGGCAGCUGUGUACAGGAUGGGCAGAGGUAUAGUGAUAAAGAUGUGUGGAAACCUGAGCCCUGCCGGAUUUGUGUCUGUGACACGGGGACGGUCCUGUGCGACGACAUACUCUGCGAAGAACUGAGAGACUGUCCCAGCCCUGAGAUCCCCUUCGGAGAAUGUUGCCCCAUCUGUCCAACUGACCAGCCCACCGCCAGUGAUCGGCAACCUGGCCCCAAGGGACAAAAAGGAGAACCUGGUGAUAUUAAAGAUGUUGUAGGACCGAGAGGACCUCCCGGACCACAGGGACCUUCAGGUGAACAAGGACCCAGGGGAGAACGUGGAGAUAAAGGAGAAAAGGGUGCUCCUGGGCCACGUGGCCGAGAUGGUGAACCUGGUACUCCUGGCAAUCCUGGGCCUCCCGGACCCCCAGGUCCUCCUGGUCCCCCUGGCCUUGGUGGAAAUUUUGCUGCUCAAAUGGCUGGAGGAUUUGACGAGAAAGCAGGUGGUGCUCAGAUGGGCGUGAUGCAAGGACCUAUGGGACCUAUGGGACCACGAGGCCCUCCUGGACCACCAGGCUCUCCCGGCCCUCAAGGUUUUCAAGGCAGUCCUGGUGAACCUGGGGAACCUGGCACCGCUGGUCCAAUGGGUCCCCGUGGGCCGGCUGGGCCACCUGGGAAACCUGGCGAUGAUGGUGAUUCUGGCAAACCUGGCAAACCUGGAGAUCGUGGACCACCUGGACCUCAGGGUGCUCGAGGUUUCCCUGGGACUCCCGGUCUUCCUGGUGUCAAAGGUCACAGAGGCUACCCUGGUUUAGAUGGUGCCAAAGGAGAAGCUGGUGCUCCAGGAGCUAAGGGUGAAUCUGGAUCUGCGGGUGAAAAUGGUUCUCCUGGUCCCAUGGGUCCCCGUGGUCUUCCGGGUGAAAGAGGACGUCCAGGACCAUCUGGUGCUGCUGGUGCUCGUGGUAACGAUGGUCUCCCUGGCCCAGCUGGUCCACCAGGACCCGUUGGCCCUGCUGGAGCCCCAGGUUUCCCAGGUGCACCAGGUGCAAAGGGUGAAGCUGGCCCCACUGGUGCUCGUGGGCCUGAAGGUGCCCAGGGGUCCCGAGGUGAAGCUGGAACCCCAGGCUCUCCUGGACCAUCAGGAGCUCCAGGAAACCCUGGAACUGAUGGAAUCCCUGGUGCCAAAGGAUCAGCGGGUGCUCCUGGCAUUAGUGGUGCUCCUGGUUUACCUGGCCCACGUGGACCACCUGGACCCCAAGGUGCAACUGGGCCUCUGGGUCCCAAAGGUCAGACGGGAGAACCUGGAAUUGCAGGUUUCAAAGGUGAACAAGGCCCCAAGGGUGAAACUGGCCCUGCUGGCCCACAAGGCCCUCCUGGAGCAGCUGGCGAAGAAGGCAAGAGAGGUGCCCGGGGUGAGCCAGGAGCUGCAGGGCCCGUUGGACCGCCUGGAGAGAGGGGUUCUCCUGGAAAUCGUGGCUUCCCAGGUCAAGAUGGAUUAGCUGGUCCCAAGGGCGCUCCUGGAGAACGUGGACCUCCUGGCCUGGGGGGGCCCAAAGGAGCCAAUGGAGAUCCUGGACGUCCUGGAGAACCUGGCCUCCCUGGCGCUAGGGGUCUUACUGGUCGCCCUGGCGAUGCUGGUCCUCAAGGAAAAGUGGGUGCACCGGGUGCUCCUGGUGAAGACGGACGACCUGGCCCACCUGGUCCACAAGGUGCCCGUGGUCAGCCUGGCGUCAUGGGUUUCCCAGGCCCGAAAGGUGCUAACGGCGAACCUGGUAAAGCUGGCGAGAAGGGACUCCCUGGCGCUCCUGGCCUAAGAGGACUUCCUGGCAAAGAUGGUGAGACAGGAGCCGCCGGACCACCUGGACCUGCUGGGCCAGUUGGUGAGAGGGGUGAGCAGGGCGCACCAGGACCUUCCGGAUUCCAGGGACUUCCAGGGCCCCCAGGUCCUCCAGGUGAAGGUGGAAAGCCAGGUGACCAGGGUGUUCCUGGAGAGGCUGGUACUCCUGGUCUUGUUGGUCCCAGGGGUGAACGUGGUUUCCCAGGUGAACGUGGAUCUCCAGGUGCCCAAGGUUUGGCAGGUCCUCGUGGGCUUCCUGGCACUCCUGGUACAGAUGGACCCAAGGGUGCCACUGGUCCUCCUGGUGCUGUUGGAGCUCAGGGCCCUCCUGGUCUACAGGGGAUGCCAGGGGAGAGAGGAGCAGCAGGUAUACCCGGACCAAAGGGAGACAGGGGUGAUAUUGGUGAGAAGGGUCCAGAAGGCGCUCCUGGCAAAGAUGGCGGCAGAGGUUUGACUGGUCCUAUUGGUCCCCCUGGUCCUGCUGGCGCCAAUGGCGAGAAGGGUGAAGCUGGUCCUCCUGGUCCUUCUGGUGCUGCUGGUGCUCGUGGUGCUCCCGGUGACCGUGGUGAACCGGGUGCUCCAGGCCCUGCUGGAUUUGCUGGCCCCCCUGGUGCUGAUGGCCAACCUGGUGCUAAAGGCGAGCAAGGUGAAUCUGGCCAGAAGGGAGAUGCUGGGGCCCCAGGCCCACAGGGUCCAUCCGGUGCUCCUGGUCCACAGGGCCCAACUGGUGUGACUGGUCCAAAGGGAGCUCGUGGCGCACAAGGACCUCCAGGUGCCACUGGAUUCCCUGGUGCUGCAGGGCGAGUUGGACCUCCAGGCCCUAAUGGCAAUCCUGGACCCCCUGGCCCACCAGGUGCUGCUGGAAAAGAUGGUCCCAAAGGUGCUCGCGGUGACGCUGGCCCGGUUGGUCGUGCUGGUGACCCUGGUUUGCAGGGUCCUGCUGGUCCUCCAGGAGAGAAGGGAGAAGCUGGAGAAGAUGGUCCACCUGGUGCUGAUGGCCCACCUGGACCACAAGGUUUGGCAGGCCAAAGAGGGAUUGUGGGUCUUCCUGGUCAGCGUGGUGAGAGAGGCUUCCCUGGUCUGCCUGGUCCUUCUGGUGAGCCUGGUAAACAAGGAUCUCCGGGAGGCCCUGGGGACAGAGGCCCACCUGGUCCUGUCGGUCCACCAGGUCUGACCGGUCCUUCUGGUGAUCCUGGACGUGAGGGCAAUCCUGGUUCAGAUGGUCCCCCAGGCAGAGAUGGCUCCCCAGGAGCAAAGGGUGAACGUGGUGAGACCGGCCCUGCUGGGAGUCCUGGAGCUCCUGGCCCCCCUGGCUCUCCCGGCCCUGUUGGUCCAACUGGCAAGCAAGGAGACAGAGGAGAAUCGGGUGCCCAAGGUCCAAUGGGUCCUCCUGGCCCUGCAGGUGCACGCGGCAUGCCGGGUCCACAAGGUCCUCGUGGUGACAAGGGGGAAGCUGGCGAGGCAGGAGAGCGAGGUCUGAAGGGUCACCGAGGAUUCACUGGUCUGCAAGGUCUUCCUGGGCCUCCUGGUCCUUCUGGCGAUCAAGGUGCUACUGGCCCAUCUGGCCCAUCCGGUCCUAGGGGUCCCCCUGGACCUGUCGGCCCCUCCGGCAAAGAUGGCAGUAAUGGCAUGCCUGGCCCCAUCGGUCCUCCUGGUCCUCGUGGGCGAAGUGGUGAAACUGGGCCUGCCGGUCCUCCUGGAAAUCCUGGCCCCCCUGGUCCUCCUGGCCCCCCUGGACCUGGUAUUGACAUGUCAGCCUUCGCUGGUCUGGGUCAAGUGGAGAAAGGCCCUGACCCUAUGCGCUACAUGCGGGCCGACCAGGCUUCCAGCAAUCUCCGGCAGCAUGACGUUGAGGUCGAUGCCACCCUGAAGUCCCUCAACAAUCAAAUCGAAAGCAUCCGAAGCCCCGAGGGCAGCAAGAAGAACCCAGCUCGUACCUGCCGUGACCUGAAACUCUGCCACCCAGAAUGGAAGAGUGGUGACUAUUGGAUUGACCCCAACCAGGGCUGCACUUUGGACGCCAUCAAGGUUUUCUGCAAUAUGGAGACUGGCGAGUCCUGUGUCUAUCCUAAGCCUAGCAGCAUUCCCAGGAAGAACUGGUGGACAAGCAAGAGCAAAGAUAAGAAGCAUGUCUGGUUUGGAGAGACCAUCAAUGGAGGAUUCCACUUUAGCUAUGGAGAUGACAACCUGGCUCCUAACACCGCCAACAUCCAGAUGACUUUCCUGCGACUCCUGUCAACCGAAGGCUCGCAAAACCUCACCUACCACUGCAAAAACAGCAUUGCCUACAUGGAUGAGGCCUCUGGCAACCUUAAGAAAGCACUCCUACUACAGGGAUCCAACGACGUGGAGAUCAGAGCGGAGGGCAAUAGCCGGUUUACAUACAGUGCCUUGCAGGAUGGCUGCACGAAACACAAUGGCAAAUGGGGCAAGACAAUAAUUGAAUACAGAUCUCAGAAGACCUCACGCCUGCCCAUCAUUGAUAUUGCACCUAUGGACAUUGGGGGAGCUGAUCAAGAAUUUGGCGUUGACAUUGGUCCCGUGUGCUUCUUGUAAAAUAAAACAAAGCAAUUAAUUUUUUUUGCAAAAGAAAACCAGUCCAAUACCAUACAAAAACCGACCCAAGUACUUCCCAAUCACUUAUAGGACUUUCUGCACUGAAGAGUUGAAACAGAAUCCUCUCUCCCUUUCUAAAAUGUCACUCGUCCCUACGCUUACAUUUUGGACUCUCUUUCUGAGGCCGCCAUCACUUGGGGAGACCAUGAAGCAAGAAAAGGUUUUUUUUCUUUAAAAAAAAGGAAAAACAAAUAAUGGAAUUAUUUAUUUAUUGUCUUCCUGUAAGGCCUUUCUUGGAUCAGCUGGAGGUAGAAAGCUAAAUAACAUGCAUAUGGAGCCCUCCUUUCCAAGAUGCUGAUGCCCCAAAUACAGGCCGUAGCCAGUUCUCCCUCUCACCCCCGUCCUGGGUGUGUAUCACAAGCAAGAUUACUGUGUAUAAUACUAAAGAUGGUGCUAUUAUUGUAAAACAAAUCUGUAUUUUUUAACAUCAAUUGAUAUAAAAACCUUCGUUGGAAAGUACGAGUUGAUCUGAUCUUUGUUGUUGUUAUUUUGCUUCUGUUCCCCAAACCGAAUUCUACCAAGCCCAGUCCCAUCUUCUCUUUCUCUUCUUGUUUUUUUUGUUCUUUCCCCCACUCUUCAAAAUGAAUUGAGGCAUGAGAUCAACCCUACAACUUCCCUGGUUUUAAAGCUACCUCACACUUUUAAAAAGACAAGUGUUUCACUGUUGUCUAUGGUGACAGGGCCAGACUUUUAGAAGAGCUGCAAUGUGGGUUGGGAAGUACCACCUUCGCCCUCCUGCAGACACCAUGGUGCUAAGCUAUUUCUCCCCUGUUCAGUUCCCUCUCGACAGCCAAAGCAUCCUCAUAUCUCUCUCUGAAACAUCUUUGACUGCUCUUAACAAUUUUUUUAAAUUUUCUUUUAAGGCAGAUGAAGCAGCACCAUUUAUUGGACCAACUGUGGCUGACUGUAAGCAUAAGAAAGCUUUUGAGUUACACAGAGCUCAGUUGAUCUAAUAAAAGGAACAACCUAUUUUAUAUUUUUGGAGCCAAAAUAGCAAUGAUUGUAUUCUGGGUUCCCUGCCUGCUCCCCCAAAAAAGCUGAGUGUAUGGAUUAAGGUUGUCUUAAUUGUUGUGCUCUCUUCUCCUCUCUUUGCUUUGUGUUCCUUAAAUUCUGAAAUCUGUAAACCAAGAGGAAAGAAGGGUAGGGUUUUUUUAUGCAUAGGGUGAAAAGAAGAUCUGAUUUGAUAGUUUCUUUAAAACCAUGAAAUCUCUUAAAUAACACCAAAUAACAUCUAUAAACAUAGUCAAGACCAUGACCUUGUGUCUCCUGUAUUUUGUCCUGGCCGUACCCAGUAUCAGCCAUUUUCUUCUUUAUUUCUGCUGCCCCUCCUCCUC